AUGUCUUCGUCUCGAACGCAAGCUGUUCAAUCCAAGCCUCCAAAACAAAGAUCGAUUUAUUUCAUAACCUAUAGUCAAUGCGGUAAUUCAGGUCUAAGUAGACAAGCAUUUGCCCAGAUAAUACUCGAUGCGUGGAAUGACUCCUGUCUCUCAAGAAUAAUCCAGUGGGUAGUCAGUGAAGAAAUGCAUCAGGAUGGUGGCAAGCAUUUCCAUAUGGCAUUGAAACUGGACAAGAAAACAAGGUGGCUGGCCGUCCGGAAUUUUCUUGACAUGCGUCAUGGAAUCAAAGUGAACUUCUCAGAUAAACACGAUAAUUACUUCAGCGCGUAUAAAUAUGUAGUAAAAGAUGACGCAGAUUAUGUCCUGUCUGAUAAUCACCCUGAUCUCACAAAUGCCACUGCACCGCGAACAACCAAUGCGUCCCAAAAACGUAAGGGGACCGCUAAGAACGCCGGAGCUGCUACUAAGAAAAAAAAGAAACGCAUGGCAGUUUACGACGUCGUCCGGAUAAUCCAAACGAAAGGAAUCAAGUCGCGGCUGGAACUAAUGGCACUGGCAAGCAAGUGGCAAGAACAGGGCAAGACGGAUUUGGCAGAAUUUGUGUCCAAUCGAGGUCCGAGAGUUGUAAACGAAGCUCUAGAGACAGCACACGAACUAACCAUGGCGAUUGGAGAGAAUAAACAAAACUAG